AUGGCUAUUAAUAUGCCAUUAAUAUCCCUCCCUCCUACCUCCCAUUUCAAGAAGCUGCUCUCAAAACUCAGCGCGGAUUUCACUUCUCCUGCCAACAGCCUUUUACAAAUUUAUCCUUUCUUCUCUCUCUCUCUUUCUCUCUCUCUUUCUUUUUUCUCCUGUUCUGUCAUAUUCUCUCUGGAUUCCCCCUCCCUUUUGCCCAAUUGUCCUUUCCUCCCCCUUGCCCCCUCCUUAGUAUUCGUUUGCCCGGGGACGCUGCACAAGAUCCUGGAACCUACCUCGGCCCAUGAGUCGGAACACCAGUCCGGAGCCUGGUGCAAGGACCCUCUUCAAGCUGGAGACCGAAUAUAUGUUAUGCCAUGGAUCCCAUACCGGACGGACACACUGACGGAGUAUGCUUCAUGGGAGGACUAUGUGGGUGGUCGACACACAACCACAUAUCGCCUGCCUAACAGGGUCGAUGGCACAGGCUUUGUGGUGUAUGAUGGUGCAGUUUUUUACAACAAGGAGCGGACACGCAACAUUAUCAAGUAUGAUCUGCGGACACGCAUUAAGAGUGGAGAGACAGUUAUCAACACAGCCAACUACCAUGACACCUCACCCUACCGUUGGGGGGGCAAAACCGACAUUGACCUAGCUGUGGAUGAAAAUGGGCUGUGGGUCAUCUAUGCCACUGAAGGCAACAAUGGGCGGUUGGUGGUGAGCCAGCUCAAUCCCUACACACUACGCUUUGAGGGCACAUGGGAGACUGGCUAUGACAAGCGCUCAGCGUCCAAUGCCUUCAUGGUGUGUGGAGUCCUUUAUGUGGUACGAACAGUUUAUGUGGAUGAUGACAGUGAGGCAGCUGGGAACCGUGUUGAUUAUGCCUUCAAUACCAAUAUGAACCGUGAGGAACCCAUUUCAUUGACCUUCCCCAACCCCUACCAGUUCAUCUCCUCCAUUGACUACAAUCCACGUGACAACCAGCUCUAUGUAUGGAACAACUACUUCGUCCUACGCUACUCACUUGAGUUCGGCCCACCUGAUCCUAGCACUGGCCCAGUUACCUCGACACCAAUCAGCACUACAACCACUAUUCGUCCCACUACAGUCACCAGCACAAUCUCACCUGCUGCUACAACAACAGCACGCCAGGCACCUCUCACCACCCAUCCUAUUGGUGCCAUAAACCAGAAGGGAACAGAGCUACACCCAGUCACUGCCUUAGUACCCAGUACCCGCCGCCCACCAGCAAACAAUCAACAUAUUUCUCCAGAGCUUUUUUGUGAGGCCAAGGAGGUGCGACGUGUCCAGUGGCCAGCCACUCAACAAGGCAUGCUAGUUGAAAGGCCCUGCCCUAAGGGUACUCGAGGCAUUGCUUCCUUCCAGUGUCUUGCUUCCCUUGGAAUCUGGAACCCACGAGGUCCUGACCUCAGCAAUUGCACAAGUCCAUGGGUCAAUCAAGUGGCUCAGAAGAUCAAGAGUGGAGAGAACGCAGCCAAUAUUGCCAGCGAACUAGCCCGCCAUACACGAGGUGCCAUCUAUGCUGGAGAUGUUAGUUCCUCUGUCAAACUGAUGGAACAACUCCUGGACAUUCUGGAUGCCCAGCUCCAGGCACUGCGCCCCAUUGAGAGAGAAUCAGCUGGCAAGAACUACAAUAAGAUGCACAAGAGAGAAAGGACAUGUAAGGACUAUAUCAAGGCUGUGGUAGAGACAGUGGACAAUCUCCUGCGCCCUGAGGCACUAGAGUCAUGGAAGGAUAUGAACGCUACAGAGCAGGUGCACACAGCCACAAUGCUGCUUGACAUCCUGGAGGAGGGGGCCUUCUUACUGGCUGACAAUGUCAAAGAGCCAGCCCGCUUUGUUGCAGCCAAGGAUAAUGUGGUGCUUGAGGUUUCUGUGCUGAACACAGAGGGGCAAGUGCCCGAGCUUAUUUUUCCACAUGAUUAUACUACGAAAAACUCCAUCCAGCUGUCAGCCAACACGAUCAAGCAAAACAGUCGUAAUGGGGUAGUCAAAGUUGUCUUCAUUCUCUACAACAAUUUGGGUUUUUUUCUCUCUACUGAGAAUGCCACCAUCAAGCUGGGCAGUGAGGCUGGUCACCUUAGCCCCUCACUGGUCGUCAACUCACAAGUCAUCGCUGCCUCCAUCAACAAGGAAUCUAGCCGUGUCUUCCUAAUGGACCCUGUCAUCUUCACCCUCUCUCACCUGGAGGACAAAAACCACUUCAAUGCCAACUGUUCUUUCUGGAACUACUCGGAGCGCUCCAUGAUGGGUUACUGGUCCACACAGGGAUGCCGACUGGUGGAGACUAACAAGACCCACACCACCUGUGCAUGUAGCCAUCUCACCAACUUUGCUGUGCUCAUGGCACACCGUGAAAUUUACCAGGGCCGCAUCAAUGAACUGCUGCUGUCUGUCAUCACGUGGGUGGGUAUUGUGAUUUCCUUGGUCUGUUUGGCCAUUUGUAUCUCCACCUUCUGCUUCCUGCGUGGGCUGCAGACUGACCGCAACACCAUCCACAAGAACCUCUGCAUCAAUCUCUUCAUCACUGAGCUGCUCUUUCUCAUUGGAAUUGAUAAGACUCAGUAUGAGAUUGCCUGCCCUAUCUUUGCUGGGUUGCUGCACUACUUUUUCCUUGCAGCAUUCUCUUGGAUGUGCCUGGAAGGCAUCCACCUUUACCUCAUGCUACUUGAGGUCUUUGAGAGCGAGUACUCCCGCAAGAAGUACUACUACUUGGGCGGCUAUUGCUUCCCUGCCCUUGUAGUAGGCAUUGCUGCUGCCAUUGACUACCGCAGCUACGGCACCGACAAAGCAUGCUGGCUUCGAGUUGAUAACUACUUCAUCUGGAGCUUUAUUGGGCCUGUCUCUUUUGUUAUUGUGAUCAACUUGGUAUUCCUCAUGAUUACUCUGCACAAGAUGAUCCGCAACACAUCUGUCCUCAAGCCUGAUUCCAGUCGACUGGACAACAUCAAGUCUUGGGCACUAGGAGCCAUCACUCUCCUUUUCCUCCUGGGCCUCACCUGGGCAUUUGGCCUCCUCUUCAUCAACAAGGAGUCUAUUGUCAUGGCUUAUCUCUUCACCACCUUCAAUGCUUUCCAGGGCAUGUUCAUCUUUGUAUUCCAUUGUGCACUGCAAAAAAAGGUUCACCGGGAAUUUAGCAAAUGUCUGCGACAUGCAUCUUGCUGCUUACGGAGCCCACCAGGGGCCACUCUAGGCUCCCUCAAGACCUCAGCCAUCCGCAGCAACAACCGUUACUACACUGGAACGCAGAGCCGGAUUCGGAGGAUGUGGAAUGAUACUGUAAGAAAACAAACAGAGUCCAGCUUCAUGGCAGGUGAUCUCAACAGCACUCCUACCCUUAACCGAGGCACAAUGGGGAACCACCUGCUGACCAACCCCGUGCUGCAGACACGGGGCGGGACCAGUCCCUACAACACACUCAUUGCUGAGACCGUGGGCUUCAACCCUGCCUCCCCCCCUGUGUUCAACUCCCCAGGGAGCUUCCGAGAGUCCAAGCACCCCCUGAACAACAGCCGAGACGCCUGUGGCAUGGACACCCUCCCGCUCAAUGGCAACUUCAAUAACAGCUACUCCCUCCGCAGUGGUGACUUCCCAGCUGAUGGCACUAAGAUGGCUGAUUGCCGACGCAACCUGAGUGAUGCUGCAGCCUUUGAAAAAAUGAUCAUUUCUGAGCUGGUUCAUAACAACUUAAGGGGAGGAGGAAGUGGUGUGGUCAAGGGAGGUGGGGUUUCGACAGAGCCCUCCAACCCCCCUGGGCCACCUCCCCCUCCCAAUGUAGCAGCAGGGGGAGGGGGUACCAACAGUGAGGAUGACGCCAUUGUGCCUGAUGCCCCUUCUUUGACCCAUGAGGAGAACAUGGAAAUUGAACUCAUGUACAAGGCCUUAGAGGAGCCGCUCUUGCUUCAGAGGGCACAGUCCAUCCUCUACCAGAGCGACUUGGAGGAGUCGGAGAGCUGCACAGCUGACCUGACAGAAGGGGGAGAUGGCCAAGCUCCUUCACCCAACAGGGACUCUUUAUACACCAGUAUGACCAACCUGAGGGACUCCCCAUAUCCGGACAGCAGCCCUGAGGCGGUUGGGGAAGUGCUCCCUCACGCCCAAGCCAUCAAUGAAAUCUACUACACCAACCGGCCAGCCUUGGUGCCACGCAACCAGCUACAGGCCUACUACCAAGUCCGGAGACCCAGCAAUGAUGGCUACUUGGUCCCAGGAAGUUUAGAUAGCCCAGCAGUGGAGGGAGAUGGCCAAAUGCAGCUGGUGACCAGCCUCUGAGGGGUCAAAAAGGGACUGAGGGACCAUACCCCCUGAACCCCAAUACGGUAUCCUUGCCGUGACCUGAACAUUUUCAUUUUUUCCUGGAGGAAAGAGUGGGGAAGAAGAGAAUGGAGCAGGACUAGGGAAUGAAUGGAGGAGAGACAUGGAAGAAAGAGCUGAGUGUGGUAGAAUGUUUUUCCAAGGGAGGGCAGCCAUUUUGUCCUGCUUUCCUUCCAGCCAAUUAAUUUUCCAGACAGGAAGUGGCACAUUACUUAGUGGGUUAUGUCAGGCAAAUGCAAUGCAGGAAAGAGGGCAGCAUGCAGACAAAGGGUUCAGACUAGUUUUAACAAUUACUCCUAGAGAAAGGGGUGGAGGGGGGAAUAUUAAAUUGAAAGAAGAAGAAAAAUAAAUAUGGGUUUGGGGAUUUUGCUUUGUUUUAGAGUUGCUUUUUUUUGGAUACCACAAAAAUCAAAGCCAUGAGGGUGUGACAUGCUGAGAAUGGGGUACCUGGGGAAGUGCCCUGCCCUGCCUCCUGGCACAGCACCCGUUCUCCACCCUCCCAUUCCCACGACUUUGUUGCAACAGAGGCCUGUUUUUCAGUACAAGGGACAAAUGGCGGCCUUAUGGCACUUGGCCUAGUUGGGGUAUAGAUGCAAUUAUUGCCAAAAAAUAUUUAGAGGGAAAUAAGGGGGGGAAUGUGCAGGAGAAGAAGAAGGAGUUGUUCAGAUGACGCUCAGCCCAGAAGUUGCUUUUCAGUAUUUGUUGACUGUCACAGUUUAUCAGUAGGACUUUGCCUUUGGUUCUUUCUUUCAGACUGGUAGGAUGGCAGGAAAAUUUUCCUUUGUUUGUUUCAAAAGAACCCUCAUAGGAAUGCUUGACAUGCACCACUGUUUCUGGGGAAAGGAAGAAACAGGAGUGAGGUGGCUAUUUUUAGAUCUGAUUCGAUUUUAGCGGCUGCAUUGGGCAGCCAUUCCCCUCAUUAUUGCUUUGGUGUGGUAACCAGGCUUGAAAUAAAAUUGCACUGAAUAGAGUUGCUUGGGAAGAGAAGGGGGCACUUCUUCCUGUGUCGUCUGUUUAAUUCCGUUCCCUCAGCCCCCCCCCACCCCAGCCUAGUGAAUUCCUGUUCCAGCAUUUAGAGGUGAUGCAAGAAGAAUUCUCUGUCCUCCUUUCUACUUCAUUCCUGCCUACAAAGAAGCAAAGCCAGGAGUACCUGCAAUGCAAAUACAGCUGCCGUCCAUUCGGGACCAGAUUUGGGGGGCAUUGGAGUGUUGAAACAUAAACUCUUUUUUUUUUUUCAAACUGGAUGGAUUGUCCUUCAGCAAAAUAACAUAAAGAAAAAACAAACAGCAACAGAAACAAUAACCCAGACUGCACUUUUUCCCCCCCAAAGGAAAAAUGAAAUAACAAAUCUCCCUCUUCAAGCACAACUCCGACUUUUCUCACCGACUCUUUUCUCGAGAGAGUUGGGGAAGCAACCAGUCUCACCUAGAGGCAUCAUAUCUCUGGGGCGGGCGGUGGGCGGGGUCAGAAUGGGUUGGGAAGGGGGAUGUGAUACCAAUUGAAAUGCUGUAAAUAUGAAAUCUGAAAAACAACAAAAAAGAGAAUUGAUUUUACUCACUUGAAAAAGGAAAGAAAACCAAGGAACUUUUCUGUCUGGGUUUUAAAUAUAUCUAUAUUUAUGUAAUAUAUAUAGAUAUAUGGCACUCAGCUCUGCUCUAGCUCCAUGUGUGGUAUAGGAGCAUGAAAGGGAAAAGAAAAUCCCUGCUGUGACAAAGACAAGAGGGGAAAGCCCACUAAGAGCAGAUUUUUACAAUCAAGGAAAAAAAAACAUUUUGGCACAAUUUUUAUGUAAUAUAUAACAUAUAUGGCAUCAUUUCUGUGACCUUGAAGCAUUUCCCCUUUCCUGCCAGAUGAGGUAUCUUUUUCAUACAUCUCUACAUGAUUUUCUCAUUCACUGCCACUGUGGAAUUGUGGGUGGAAAAAAAUUCAAAAAUCAUUUUUACUGCAAGACCCAAAGAUGCUGUAAUUCUGUAAUGCUGUAAGUUCCAGGAAACUCCUUUGUGUUUAGGAAUUGUGGGGGGAGGGGGUCAGAAUGUUUUUCCAUUUCAUUUAAAAACAAAUCAACAUACAUAUAAUUUGUAUUUCAUUGAAAUCUUUAGGCUCGAAGUGGCCUGGCCACAUUGCACUGACAAGGGAAUUGGGGUGUGGUUUUGCUACUCGGUGCCUCAAAGUGUUAGUUUUCUUGCAUUUGUUCUGUUUGUAUCCCCCCCUCCCUUUAGUAGUAGCAUUUCUGGGAGACAGCCAGAUUGAGGGUUAGCAUUUGAGAGGAGCACCUCGGACUAGGCAGAGCCUUUGUAGAGGGAAGGAAGAGCCAUCAGAAAUCCUUUAUUAUCUGUUCGUAUUUCUUACCCCUUUGUCACUGCUUAGAGCCAAUCAAAUCCUAAAACUGCCCUGACAGUGACAAUGCAAGCCACACCUCCUCUACAUCAAGAGACAACUCUGCCCCUGAACCACUGGGAUUUGGAGGGGGCAUAAAAUGUUGCCCCUGUGCUGUCGUUGGGCCUGGCCUGUUUGCACGGCUUCCUUCCUUCCUUGCUUGGUAAACAGGACCUGGCCAUAUGCUCAUAUUGACUCUUCCUUCCCUGCUAGGAGCCAAGAUGGAGGUUAGAGGUAGAAGAACAUGCAUUUGGGGCUGUCAGGGAGAUAACCCAAAACAGCAGUAGAAUACAGAACUUGAUCUUGUUAUUUUUAGAGUCAAUAGAAACAGCAUGUGGUUGAGAUAGUCAGACUUUCCACUUAGACAUUUUUUUAAAAAAAAUCCAUCCCAUAAUACAAUCAGAUUUCUGCUUUGAGAGACAAUAAGAGUGCUCAUCCUCUAAAAGUGUCCAGACAUCUUUUAUUUUAUGCGUUGGAUCCAGCAGAGGAUUUCCACUGAUGGAAGGGGGGAAAUUUUCACCAAUUCUCGCCUACCAUUGCAGAGACCUCCUCAUGCUGCUCCUAGGCGGCCAUUGUCCCCAGGAGCAUCAGUGGGCGGGCUUUUUUGUGCAGGAGUGGGGAUGUGAAGCUCCUAUACUCGGGUCCUUUUUUCCAACAACACAAACGUUUGGGGGGCUUUAUUUAUUUUUUGUUAAAUUGCUCAUUGGUUUAAUAUUAAUUACCUUGGGACUCCUACAACAUCUGUUUACCCAAACUCUUUUGAUCCUUGUGCAGGACAAACUCAUUUAUUUUCGUAGUUGCACACCUUAACCACAGUGAAGACAAGGUCCCAACAAGCAGCUAUUCCAUCAACAUAUUGCAGUUCUUUUCACACCUUUCCCAAUACCAAAUGGCCUUAUUCACCCAACUUGAGUUUGCUGCAUUGGCCCAAGGAAGGCCCUCUGUUCAGGAACCUCCUUGGCAAUAUUACCAAGAGGUACCUCCAUCUGGAAACCUCACACUCAAAAACCAAAGACAUAUUUGCCCUCUUGGAGAGAAGCUAAGGAGGUUGAGAGUAUAGCAGCCUAACCUUCAGGCCUGGCAUUUUCCAGUCUAGUAGUAGGUGUAAGUAGUCCACACUGCAGUUUUGAUUUUAGCAUUAAUUUGCAGGAAGUAGUCGACACAUUGAUGAGGUAAUAUCAGUGUUACUGCCUCUGCUGUCCUGACAAUAAAAGAAUGUGUGAGGAAGUCUGGCCUUUUUUUAAAAAAAUAACAGCUGUGAGAACAGGUGCUUAGUAUCCAGGCUUUGGGACCAAGCCAAAUGCUCCCAGCUUAGGGUUGCCAACUCCAAAUUGUGAAAUUCCUGGAGAUUUAGAGGCAGAGCCUAGAGAGGGGAGCGAUACGAUGCCAUAGAAUCCACCCUCCAAAAGAGCCAUUUCCCCCCAGAUUCUAUUCUGGAGAUCAAUUGUAAUUCUGGAAGAACUCCAGCCCUAACAUGGAGGUUGGUUGGCAACCCUAUCCCAGCUUGCUUUGGGGCAGUGGAGAGAAGAAAUGGAAAGCAAUCUGAAUUAGGGAAGGUGUCUUGUUAGUUGCAGCCUUUAGACUCUACAGAUGUCUAGCUCUGUAUGCUUAGUGUAAAGGGGAUUUGGGUGAUGAUUUAGCUGGUAAAGAGAGAUUUAGUUGAAUGACCACCCUUAUUCUGGAUCAUAGUUAUUUGAGGAUUUGCUUGCACUUUUCAUUCCCCACACCAUUCCUAGUCUUACAAAUCUCUUAAUCUGACAGCCUGCCAUCUUAUUUUGCGUUGCAGGGAAGCCAUUCCAACCCCUUGGUCAUUUUAACUGCCCUUUUUUAAACCGCUUUUUUUACAAUAUCCAUAGGAUGAGGGCAGCCAGAACUGCAUGUUGUUUUCUAAAUGUGGAUGCACCAUAGAUAUAUAUAACAGCAUUGUGAUACUUGUGGUUUUAUUUUCAUUCCUUUUUCUCACACUAAAUGUGUGUUUCUUUUUAAAUUGAGGGGAUAUCAUUGAACUUUCUUCUUCCACCCUAAUAUCUUAUUCGUAGACAAUUCUUUAGCCAUUAAGCAAAGGUUGAAUUUCAGUAGCUUAAUAUGACUUUCCUUCCUAUCCAUCAGUAUAAUGGAGUCCUCGAAAUCACAGAUGAAUGAAAUGCCCCAUGAACUGAUAGGAUACUAGUUUCUACUUGUUUUUCUCCUGGGUCUUCACAGUGCAGAUGUUCCCACCCCAGCCCAGCAGCAAGCAUAGUCAAGUGCUUGGGUCCAGACAGAUAGUUUCCAAUAUAUGUGGCACUGUCAUUCCCAGAAGGAAUGAGAGGGCAGCACUGGGUGUCUAGUCUCAAACCUGUGUAGGCAGAUUGAGUACUACUGUAUCUUUGUACAGACUUCAUCAUUAUAGUCUUGUCUAUUUUAUUUUGUAUCACUGAAAUCAGAGAGGGGGGAUUACAGGAAAGAAAUACAUUAAAUGUUUGAGGAUAGUCAGCAAGCAAACAACAGGUAACUUCUUGUGUACCUCCUUGUGUACCUACCUUGUGUACCUCCACAGGUCAACAUUCCUCCAUUUUUAUGGUGGAAGAAGUGAACACUUCCCAAUCUGAAAGCCGCCUAAGCUUCCCAGUCAUCCCCACUUGCUGUUGCUAACACCUUUUGUCAUUUUGGGCCAGCCAGCACACCCUUUUAUUGCAGCCCGUUAGCUGUGGCAUCUGAACUACAGUGCUCUCUGCGUUUUCCUAGAGAGGCUGUUCUUUCAUCAAAGACUUAUGCAAAUCCAUCAACUCAUUUUAGCAAAAGCAUAUCCUUCAGCUUCUCAAGAAUCAUUUGCUAUCAUUGGUGCAAUUUGGGCAGACAGCAGAUCAGUCCAAAUUUAUUCUCUAGCUGUGAGGCUAAAGUAACAUGGAACAUAUGGGGCAACAUCUAAAACAAGGAUAUGGCCGUUCUGUUUCCUAGCCUUCUGAAGGUGAUUGGGAUAAUAUCUUGCAUGCCUCACAAACUACACUGCAGUCUGCUCACCCCAGCUGCCUCUUUCUUCUCUAUAAUUGGCUUUCUACAAGCCAAAAUGGGGGACAUUUAUGCAUAAGCUAGUUCAGGACAGCACUACCUCUAGGGCAACAUUAGAACUCAGAAUCUGCUGCUCUAAAAGCAACUUCGAGUUUAAGCAUCUGGAGCAGAUGGUGGGGAGUGAAACAUUCCCUUCUCUGCCAGAAAUUCUCAGGCUGCUCUGAACUCCUCCAGUAUGGGGAGAAAGGUUACAUCUUUUGCAAAAUCUGUGAAAGGACAAAUACAAAGCCUGAAUCAGCAACCAGCAGCUAUCAAAUGUGGAGGUCCAUCUAUCCUCCCUACAUAGCAUGCUCAAGAUGUGUGCUCCAAGUAGUGGAGCCUUCCCCAUAACUCAGCAGAGGAACAUUUCCUGUUGGCCAAGUCUGCCAUGUAGGGCUCCUUAUACCAGCAGCUCCUCACUUUUUACAGGUUGUUGGUGCCCACCCUCUGCCCUUGAUGUGUCUCCCACUUCUGGAUACAGUGGUGCCACUGGGGGGGGGUGAUGGUAAUAUCUAGCUAGACGACUACCUAGCAACAAUUGGUGGGUCUUAGUGCCAACUCUUUUAUCACUAGAUAGUUACAGCAAAGGUAUGAGCCCCAUUGCAUGAGGCUCUAUAGAAACAUGGAUGCCAGAAGAGGAAGUUGAUGGCAGAGUAAGAAAUGGCAGCAAGUAGUGUAGAGCCCCAGGUUGGUUUGCCUACCUGGUCCUUACUGCAUCUUUGAAGUCCCCCCCCCUCACUUGCCCUGGUCUCCAUUGUCAUUCUGAGCUCCGUUUCCCUCCAGGUUUGCCAGUGAAGCUGUGCCUUUUGAAUGGCAGUGAGAAAGCCUGUACCCAAGAAUACAGGGCCUACUGGGAAGGUUUGUGCUUCAUUCUCUCCUUUGGUCCCUCUAUGUCCCCUUCUACAGGUUGGUGCUGAUCCAUUUCUAUGUCCACACCAUUGCUUUUGUCCACUUUGGCUUUUGCAUUUCUCUGUCUUUCAGUUCCCUUCCUUUCAACAUGCCAAACCAAUUUUGGGUCGAGUGCAUUAAACAGAAAAAAAUAUAAUAAUGAAAAUUUUAAAAAUAUUUAAAAAAUGGAAACUUGUUGAGUUACAAAAAAAAACAAUAAAGAAAAUAUGAUUUCUUGGAA